AAUCGAAUGUGGAUUCUAUGUACAUGUGGACGGAGUAUAGGGUAUAGCGUAUGGAUGUACAUACUAUCAUCUACCACCUACAUACAUACAUAGAUAGUAUGAAGAUAAAUGCAGUAUAUCAACUAACUACCACCACCUUACUUACUCUCCUCUCCUCUUCCUCUUCUCCUCUCAUCCCUAAUCAUAAACAAAGAACCAACCCCAUCCCCCAACCACGCCGAUCACCUAAAAUCAAGUUCAAAAGCCAGAUCUCAAGUGCCUACCUAGUACUACACCGUACCCCAUAUACACAGUGGUAUAUACAUACCCCAAUUCACCGCUAUUUCCCCACCCACCCACCGACACUACAUCCACACCGCAGGACGGGAAACGGUUGCUGUCACACCCACCUCCACCCACCUCCACAGUUACAGUUCCCUGCAACUAGCCGAUACCCGGGCCGGAUUUCCUUCUGGAAGAAAAUAACUUGUGGUCUAGACUAUCACCUCCCUUCUCUUACCUAACCUAAGGUAGACACUCCGUAGUAAGAAAGGUAAGCAGUGGCAACGGCCCAGAAUAUUCAGGAGUGAAAGAAUCUAAUUGGUGGGAUUAUUCCCUUCGGAUAUUGUCCGUCCACUCAGACACGGGAUAUCUCUACCUACUCCUACUAAGAG